UCAGGCUGUGUUUAUGUAGGAAAUCUUCCCUGUGAUGGGUUUCCUAGUUCAGAAAGAUGCUCUGCAUCGCUUAAUUCAUUAAAAAAAAAAGGCCAAAGAGUACAGAGUAAGGCAGAAGCCAAGGAAAGGAAAGUGCUGCAAAUGCAUUGACAGCCAUUGCCUGGACAGUAUGUAAGCCCAUUAGCGGCCAUAGGGAGGACCAGAGUUUAAAGAUACAAUACACGAGCCCACCUGGAGGAAAGAUUCAAUUUUGUGCUCAGCUCCGUUCCUUGCCUUUUAUAGCCUGGUCUUCAAUGGGUUACACAACAACAGGCAGCUGCUUAUUUGAGGGGUGACAAAUUAUGGACGCAAAAAGAGUUUGGCUUCAUUCACGUCACCAGCCAUGUCACUCCUGCUUCUGCCAGCCUCUCUCUCUCAAAAGCACCACCUUUAUCCUCAUGCCUGAGUUAUCAUUUUUGCUUUCACACCAGUCAGAUGAAGAACAGAGGUUCAGCUCUGACCCACUUGGUGCCAGAGUCCUCUGCCGCAGGCUGUACUGAAACCAGUAGAUGCCUCAGCUACUUAUGUUGAUCUUUUCAGGAUGGACUUUGUUGAUUCACUGGGCCUAGUGUGAUUUCUAAAGGGAUUUUGCUAAAGUUGAGCAUAACUGUUUGGGUUGUCCACUGAAGGAUCCAUUUGGAUAUUGAGAAAUCUUUCACAACUUCAGGAAACAUUAAUAGCAACACUCCAGAAAAUGGAUUUUAAAGUCCUGACAACUGUUAAGUUUUCUUCAGAGACCCGAGGGACUUGAGGGUUCCCUUGAAAAUGGAAUAAUAAGCGAUAGCUAAAAUCUUUCUUUGCAUUUUUUUUUCAAGUGACCCAUUGCUCACUUUGGUGCAUCACUCUUUUCUAUAGAGAGAGAGAGACCUGAUCUGGCCCAUCAGCCUCCAGCUGCUGAUGUUGUCACUGUAAAAAGGUUGUAGGCAAUGAAUGGUGGCAAAGAAUAGAAGUGCAGUGGUGUGAAUGAAAAUUCUUCAUUGUUAAAGAAGGUUCUAGUGUUAAGAUGGAAGAACGCCUCAUCCCUGGCUCAUUAUCACAUACAGCCACUGGCACAUAUUGAAUUCUGAUCUGGCAUCAACUAAAAAAAAAAAAAAACCAAAAAAACCUCCAGGAUGAAGGAAAUGUUGCCGGGAAGAAUGACAGGGAUGAGUUCAAAGCCAGGAUUUAGGAAUGCAAGGAAAGCAAUAAAAAUAUUUAAAGACCCUUUAAGUAUAGUCAGGAUUUUCAGAAUGAAACCUGCAGAUACCAGAAGGAAUUCCUUCAGGAAGAUGAAGACAAACCCAAGCGUGGCAGGUAAAGAACCAGUCUCAUUUCAUCACAGAUUAUUAAAUAGGGGAGAACGAAAGGAGAGGGGGGGGGAUGUGAGUAACCUCUUUCUCCUAUUCUAUACAUUAACCUGAUCUUUGGGGAAACACUGUUAGAAUGCAGGACAACAUGGACAGGCUGAUUCCUUUCCUUUCCUCUCCAUUUAACAGUGCUAUUUUCUACAAUAAGUAUGCCCGGCCAGAUGAUGGUUACUUUUAUGUAGUUAGGAAGUCCUUUUGUAGAAUUUGAACAUUUGCUAAUCCUCUCCUUCUUCCUUGGGUUAGCAAACGCAUCUGCUAGAGUUUAUUUUACUCCUACAUCUCGGGAUAUAAAUGGAGCCAAUGGAAGUGCGCACAGUUAUCACCUACUCGUGUCGAUGGACCUCUAUGAUACUAAUUUUGUAACUCUUUCUAGUUUGUCAAGCACAUAGCCCCAAUUCCCUCCCAUUGGAGUGUUGCAUUGUUCCUAAGGUGUCUAAUUGAGAUACAGAACUACACACCUGGCUCCAGUUAGCAACUUAAGCAGUUUUGCUCCAGAGUCUUCUCCCUUCCAUUCAAUUGACCUUCAAUUGUUUGCUUGCCAGGAUGUGCUUGGCUUCCUGAAGGAUAAACAAUUGUGUGUGGAGUCCUUGCAUUUGGGACACCUGGAGUUGGAGGUGAGGAGGAUUCCUCUGUCAGAAGCUGCUGCUUCCUCUUCAUGACAGAGCUUGGCUCCUACCUUCCUCCUGCUGUUGACCUUGCCCUUUGGCUCUUCCAUGUGUCCCAUGCUUUGCACCUGCUACUUUUCCCCACCCACCGUGAGCUGCCAGGCUAAUAACUUCUCCUCUGUGCCACGGAUACUGCCCCCGAAUGCCCAGCGCCUCUUUCUACAAAACAACCUGAUUGGGACCCUGAGACCUGGAAUGUUUGGGCCCAGCCUCAUCACCUUGUGGCUCUACUCCAACAAUAUCUCUUCCAUCCAGCCUGGCACUUUUCGACAUCUCCAGGUUCUGGAGGAGCUGGAUCUGGGGGACAACCGCCAUUUGCGCACCCUUGAACCCGAUACUUUCCGUGGACUUGAGCGGCUGCAGUCUUUGCACCUUUAUCGCUGUCAGCUGAGCAGCCUCCCAAACACUAUCUUCCGCAAUCUUUACAGCCUCCAAUACCUCUAUCUUCAGGAAAACAACCUGCUUUGCCUACAGGACGACCUUUUUGUGGAUUUAGCUAAUCUGAGCCACCUUUUUCUGCAUGGGAACAAAAUUUGGAAGCUCUCAGAGAACGUCUUCCGUGGCCUGUCUGGAUUAGACCGCCUGUUGCUGCACCGGAAUCACCUGCACACAAUCCCUACGUGGGCUUUUCGUGAUUUGGGCAAGCUUACCAUUCUAUAUUUGUUCAACAAUAGCCUGACAACUGUGUCUGGAGAAACCCUCUCAGAUUUGCCCUCCCUGGAGUUUCUGCGCCUCAACAACAAUCCCUGGGCCUGUGACUGCCGUGCCUACUCCCUCUGGUCCUGGUUCCAGCGCACGCAGGUCUCCAUCUCAGACGUCAUAUGCGCCUCUCCUGCAGAACGCAAGGGACAUGACAUGCGCUAUCUGAACGAAGCAGUCUUUCAAGGCUGCCCUCCAACCAACCAUCAUCCUAUUGAGUUUGACUGGAGCUGUAUGCCUGAAUGGGAGAGUGGACCAGCUCACCCCCAUCCUCACCCCCGCCCCCGCCCUCACCCCCAUCCACACCCUCACCCUCACCCCAAUGGCUCAUCUAAUCAUCUCUAUGGCCUUGGAGGAUCCCCUCCUGCCGAUCCUUCCUCUUUCUAUAGGGAUGUUCCAGCCAAUGACAUCCAGAGCUCCAAGUAUGAUCCACCUACAGAAGAUGACCAUUGGGGGAGUUAUGGUAAUGGAGAAGGAAGCCAACUGAAAAAUGGAUGCCUAGGAACUUCUUGUUCUUCUCUGGACUCUGGAGCAAUCAGGAUUGGCUUCCGGUCAUUUCUCCUUGCCUGUCUAUUCAUUCUGUUGGAACUUUCAUAGUUUUGACAAUGGAGGUGGUUAUUCUACUGAUUGCUAGUAGAGUCUUUUGAGACUGCGGGAGGCUGGAUCCCUACCCAGCACUUAGCUGAGGCCAAAGUGAUUCACCUUCACCCUAACCCAGGGGUAAAGGAAGACUGACUAGGUCUGUUACUGCUGCUGCUUUCUGGCCAAUUGUGAGACUUGAAGCCACUUUCUAUGUGGCACCGGUUAUAUUUUAUGAACAUAUGGCAAGGGCAAUCCAUUUUUUUAUUUUUAGAGUGUUGCAAAACUCUCCUAAUAGAGACGUUCCUUAAAUCCUACUGCUUCUCGAGUGUAGAAGGAGCCUUCUGUGGUCUCCAUAUCCUCUACAGGGCAAGGAUCUCUUCUGUGCAUGAGAAGUAACUAUGGAUGAGGACCUCUUUUUUCAGAGCCUCAACUCUUUUAACAAUAUCCUUUCAUGCAUAUAAGUGCCUGCUCUGUCUCAUAGGAUAGGACCCCUCAACUAAAGGAUACCGUGUCCUCUUCCAGAACUAAAGAACAUAAUCAAAAUUUGGGGCUCUGAUCACUCUUGACUUCUUAUUAUCUGGUGUGUGUUUUUUAAUUAUUUGAGGGGACCCCAGGGGAGCAAUUCACACACUUAAUUGUAAUGUUGAUCAUCUUAAUUGAUAGGAGUGUGAUGAUGAAAGUUUGCUCCACUGGCUAUUGAAACCGGAAAUUGUUGGAUGACUCAAGUAGAUCAGCUUCUCAGUAAUCCAUAUCCAAUACCCUUAACAAUGGGUUUCGGCACUAACAAGCAGUUAGUUCAAACCUGCCUUCCCCAAUUCAGUGACAUCCAGACAACUUGAAAUAAAACUCCCAACAUCUUCAGCCAGCAUGAUCAUUGGUUAUAUCUACUUGGUUCGAUAGGAAGUAUGAGCAAACAUAAGAAGGCACCAAGCUGGAGAAGGCUGGAUUUAACGAUUUUUGCAGUCCCUUCACUUCUGUAAUUAAAUCUUUAGAGAAAGGUUGCAAUCAGAUGAUAAAUUCAUGUGAAUUGAUCUUUAUUCAUAAAAAAUGGUCUUAAUUUUGA